CCGCUCCGGCCCGGCCCGGCCCCGCCGCAGCCAUGAUCCACAGCCUGUUCCUGAUCAACGCCGCGGGGGACAUCUUCCUGGAGAAGCACUGGAAGAGCGUCGUCAGCCGCUCUGUCUGUGACUACUUCUUUGAGGCGCAGGAGCGGGCCUCGGAGGCGGAGAACGUGCCGCCGGUGAUCCCCACUCCGCAUCACUACCUCCUUAGCGUCUACCGCCACAAGAUCUUCUUCGUGGCCGUCAUCCAGAGCGAAGUGCCGCCGCUUUUCGUCAUCGAGUUCCUGCACCGCGUCGUUGACACGUUCCAGGAUUAUUUUGGUGUCUGUUCGGAGGUAAUAAUCAAGGACAAUGUUGUGGUGGUUUAUGAGGUGCUGGAGGAGAUGCUGGACAAUGGCUUUCCAUUGGCAACAGAGUCGAAUAUUCUUAAGGAACUGAUAAAGCCUCCUACUAUUCUGCGAACAGUCGUCAACACCAUCACAGGAAGCACUAAUGUGGGUGACCAGCUCCCCACUGGACAGCUCUCAGUGGUGCCUUGGAGACGUACCGGUGUAAAAUAUACCAACAACGAGGCCUAUUUUGAUGUGAUUGAGGAGAUAGAUGCAAUCAUUGACAAAUCGGGUUCCACAAUCACUGCUGAAAUCCAAGGAGUGAUUGAUGCUUGUGUCAAGCUGACUGGGAUGCCAGACCUUACCCUCUCCUUUAUGAAUCCUCGAUUAUUGGAUGAUGUCAGCUUUCACCCAUGUGUGCGUUUUAAGCGCUGGGAGUCAGAGAGAAUACUCUCCUUCAUUCCACCUGAUGGAAAUUUCCGCUUGCUGUCCUACCAUGUCAGUGCUCAGAAUCUUGUGGCAAUUCCCGUCUACGUUAAGCACAACAUCAGUUUUCGUGAUAGCAGCUCACUGGGACGGUUUGAGAUCACAGUGGGGCCAAAGCAGACCAUGGGGAAGACUAUAGAGGGAGUGAUGGUCACUAGCCAGAUGCCAAAAAGUGUCCUAAAUAUGACCCUUACACCCUCCCAGGGAACACAUGUCUUCGAUCCAGUUACAAAGUUACUGUCAUGGGAUGUUGGGAAAAUAAACCCCCAGAAACUGCCAAGUCUGAAGGGGAGCGUGAGCCUGCAAGCUGGGACAUCGAAACCAGAUGAAAACCCCACCAUUAACCUGCAGUUUAAAAUUCAGCAGCUGGCUAUAUCUGGACUGAAGGUGAAUCGCCUGGACAUGUAUGGGGAGAAGUACAAGCCAUUCAAGGGGAUAAAAUACAUGACUAAGGCUGGCAAGUUCCAAGUCCGAACCUAGAGGCUCCUGAUAGUGAGGAGCUUGUUUCCUGUUUCCCCAAUCCCUCGCUGUUGGAUGCAGCCUCUUAUCCCAUCCAUCUCUUUAGGGUUGCUCCCUUGUCUGUAGUAGCAUAAGCAGGCCAGCCAAUGCUCAGAGUGCUGGAAAGCAGGGAAAAGUAAGGUUGACCUGAAACCACCUUGUCCCUACCUGAGUCUGAAGUAUUUGGAACAAUAGCAGGUGGGAGAGUUGCUCAGGUCCCUUAGGAUUAGGGAGUCAGCUUUGUAAGCUUGUAUCACCUUCAUUUUGCUGUCUUAGAGGAAAUCCUAGGGAUUUAUGGCCCUUUGUAUCUCCUCUUCCUUGUAUUUUGUUUGGCUUUUAUCCCUUUAUAGAUGAUACAAAGUUGAAUUUCCACAGACUUCAGUGUGAUGAUCCAGCAUCUGCCUUUCUGUAUCACGGGCUUUAGGGUGGAGAGCUAUGUAGUUCCUGCCAGCAGGGAGAACCUCUAGUUGUUCUGCCUCAAAAGGACUGGAAGAAGUGGAAGGUAGAUUGUUCCACCCAGGAUGGGAAGUUGAGAAGAACUGAGAGUGGGAGUGGUCCCACAAAGGGAGGAAGGUGGGAAGUGCAUUCUUUCUCUAGAUAUUUCAUAAGGCAUGCUGGUCAUCAAGGAUCUUGAAUCACUGAAUACAGACUUGAAAUACCUUCAGAUCUUUUAACUGAUGAGCGGUGGUAUCUCCAUGUAACUCUGCUUCUCCUCUUAUUUCAUCAGUGUUUGAAGGAAGAAAUUCUCCUAGCUUUUUUGGGAAAUCAGAUUAUUUUAGACUGGUUGGGAACAAUCUGACAUGGCCUUCCUUCAGGUGCUCUGAAGAGACAGAUAGAGGAACUUUGGUGGAGACAGCACUGAUGGAGUUUGAAGCUGUGGCUACAUGAAGAUAACCACCAUCCUAGUAACUUGCUGGAACUUGUUUUUGCCUCUCCUUGCCUAUUGCAAAUGAGGAUACUGUUGUUUUCCUGCUCACUGAUGUCUUUCUUUGAGAUAAUUGUGACCUGGUACCUUUGUAGUGUUCUUCCUGUCCUACCUCAUUUCAGUUCUGUACCAGUCAGGUGCUGUGCAGAUGGAUUCAAACCUGUGCCAGAUUUCUCACUGGGAUCAUCUCUUCUUCAGGAGCUGUUGCUGUAUCUGCCCAUUCCAGCCUGUGGUACAGUAGAACAUAGGAAAUGAGAGGCACCUGCACUGUUCAUAUUGUCUGUAACGGGGUCUUAGGCCCCUACAUGCCAAUGUGUUUUCUCUUGGUAGCAGAACUUACACCUAAGCUGCUGUACAGGUGACCACACAUGUGUGACUGUGGAGUCCAGCACAUACAGUUCAUGCCUGUGAACAGAAGAAAGUGGCCCUAAACAAAGGAUAGCAUUCAUUCCACCUUGCAUGUGGUGGAUACUUUCAGUGGAUAAGUGGCAUCUUGCUUUGGGAUUGCAAGUUCCGGUGCAGCUGAAGAAUUCCACAGCAUCUGGGAUUCUGCUGAGGUGACCUUAGUGCUGAGCAUGUUCAGUGCAAACAAAACCUUCAACAAGGGCAUCAAUAAAAUUAAUUUUAACAUGU